CUUACUGUUUGUUCUGUCUAUAUAUACUAACUAAGAAAAGGCUUUUCAUCCUCCUGAAACAGAGACAGCAACAAUGGCUACUAUCCUCAGGUUCCUCCUCUUUGCUGCACUCCUACUCCAUAUCUCUGCAGCAGCGGAGAGCCAGGGAUGCGAUCUGUCGAGCAUUCAGGUGCAGCAGAACAACACAGGGGCGACGGUGGGCUACGACCCGGUGUUCGAGGUGGAGGUGAAGAACCAGUGCCGGUGCACCGUCACCGACGUGUUCCUACGCUCCGAGGGCUUCGCCAGCUCGAUGAUGGUCGACCCCAAGCUGUUCCGGCGGGAGGGCGUCGGCUACCUGGUGAACGACGGCAAGGGCAUCCCCAGCUCGCUCUCCGUCAAGUUCCGGUACGCCUGGGACAGAGCCUUCAAGAUGUCUACUGCAAGCCUGCAAGUGAAAUGCUGGGGAAUAGCUUGAAUCGAUAUGUGGAGGUCUCCAUUUUGGGAUAUCUGCUUCUCCUGAGCCCUGGAAACGGCCUGGCACUCUUUCCGGAUUCUUGAAGCACAAGUUACAUGGAAAGAGGAGCUCGUCAAGUCAAACUAUCCACAAAUUUCCGGAUUCUGAAUGGUAAAUAUAUUUUUAUCUAUUUAUUCUGACGUAGAGUGCUGCUGAGUUCACCGAAGUGGUCUGAUUCGACAGCGUGCAAUAUAUAGGUGUUAUGUUUCGGGAGUACGGGGGAAGUAAAACUUUGUACUGGAGUGUUCCUUGGAUACUAGUACAAUCUUGUCACAUCAAAUUCCUGUAGUGUUAGUAAUGGAUCCACCCAACGUAAAAGGGAUCAAAUUUCUUAGCCCAAAAAAAA